AUGGGUGGAAGUUCUGUUCUUUCUGUUGAUGAUUGGGAGUUCUCUUCUUCACAUGAUGAUGUUAAGACAUUGGUUUUGCUUGGGCGUACUGGCAAUGGCAAAAGUGCAACGGGUAACAGUAUUCUUGGAAAAAAGGUUUUCAAGUCGAGGGCAAGCUCAUCCGGUGUCACCAUCUCGUGUGAAAUGGAUACAACUGUGAUGAAUGAUGGACAGAUAGUUAAUGUUAUCGACAGUCCAGGAUUGUUUGAUGUUUCUGCCAAAUCUGAGUUUUUUGGGAAAGAAAUAGUCAAGUGCAUUAGUUUAGCUAAGGACGGGAUUCAUGCCAUCAUUCUAGUGUUGUCUGUUAAAACCCGCUUUAGUGUGGAAGAAGAAAAUGCUGUGCGCAGCUUGCAGACAUUGUUUGGAAGCAAAAUUGUUGACUACAUGAUUGUGGUCUUUACCAAUGGAGAUGCUUUGGAAAAUGAUGAGCUGACACUCGACGGUUAUUUAGGCUCCGAAUGUCCAGAGUCUUUAAAGGAACUUAUUUUACUGUGUGAUAAUUGA